CCUCUUGACUACUUUCUUGAGGUUCUUGAUUCUGAUCCUCCAUUUCCACCACUGGAGAAAUGGGUAAAAACAGAGUUUCCAUACCAAGCCCCUAUACUUCCUGCGCCUUUACCUACAAUCGAGGACAUCAAACGGGCGGGUGAAAUGGGUAACGUUAUCUCCGAUAGAAACGGUCUAAGACCUGUAUUUCGAGUUGGUGCCGAAUAUGUUGUCAAGUUCUCCCCCAACCCGGAGAUAUUACAGGAGGCCGAAAACAUUUUGUUUCUAAACCAGCACUCGCAGGUUCGCACGCCCAAGGUUUAUGCGGCCUUUAGCCAACAAGGAGGAAAUCCAUUAAACCACCCUAUGUGCGAGGAUAUCGUAUACCACUACCUAGUAAUGGAGUAUAUAGAAGGCGGUCAUCUCGACCACGACAAGUAUGUGGCACUAGACCCGGAAGACAAGGACAAGAUCUGCGCAAAGAUUGCGGAGCAACUACAACUGCUCCGGUCCAUUCCACCGCCAUCUCCAGGAUAUUAUGGCCGAGUUAUGCACCAAGGCUGGAUGCCUGGCUUUCCUGUUGUCUGCGUUACCCGCAAGGAUAUGUGCGGCCCGUACGACACCUAUGAGGACUUCAUUUCAGCCAUGUUUACCGCCGCUACGGGUUGCGCAGCUGUCUGUGAGCCGACGUCACCAGACUUUACUCCUGUCCAGCGACUGGGAUUAACCAACUUUAAACACACCUUAACGGAAUGUGCUGGGCACGAACCAACCCUUACUCACCUCGAUCUCAAGCUCGAAAACAUCAUGGUUCGGCCCGUCCAGGGCGUCAAUGGGAUCGAUUACGAGGUUACUUUGAUCGAUUGGGAAUCUCUUGGGUGGAUGCCCGCCUGGAUGGAGGCUGUCACGGUUCUACAGCGCAGCGUCUUUGCAACGAAACUGGACAAAUGGCGAUUUUUGUGGGGUGUGUCACAGGGGAUCAAACCGUUUCACAUGGGCCCGGCAACUUUUUUCAAUGAGCUUGAGGAUACUGGAAUUCUUCAUCUUUAAUAAGCGCAUGAAAUUUAGCUUUUCCCUUUUACUUAGACGCAACGCAAUCGUAAUUUUGCUAUUUAGACAUGUAUCAAUGUGCCUUAGGGAGCAAGAGUGGGGUUAGGUGUGGAAUUCUCAGCGUCCGGCUGAUAUACGGGCACGUGAUGGCUAGACACGUGAUGUAUAGGUUUCUAUACACGUGAUGUGUAGAUCUAUACUAGGAGGCCUUCCUACUAUAGAUCUAGUCAAUAUUUAGGGCCGCACGGGCCCUCCCUACGUGUAUAUAGCCUAGCUAGAUUCCUACACAAAAUCGACAUCUUUUGUCCUCCAUUUUGUUAUCACGUGAUCGGAAUAAUCACACAGGAUUGUCGCUCAAUCGUGAUUUUGGCUAUCGAGACAUGUUAUCAAUGUGCGUAGGCAGCGUUGAGGAUGG